UAUACAAAACUGUCUGUACUUAUGAAUGCUCGAUGUACAAUUUGUACAUGCUUCCAGCCGGUUUUUCUUUAGAGAUGUCGGUACAGUAGCGCUGGAGGAAAACUGAUGAAAAGCUGUGGUGCAGCUUACAGUUAAUCGUGUUGCAAGAAAGCAGACGGUUGAUGAUUUUUAUUUGUAAGGAUAUUUUAAAACAUUUUCUGAACUUUUUUUCUUCUUACUAAUUUUGCACGGGACAAGCCGGAAAAUCUGUAGAAGUCCCUCAGUUUCAUCACCGUUAUUCUAAAAUGGAAGCCGGAUUAUGUGCUAUUUGUUGCGGGUGCUUGUACACAAUAUUCUUCUUGUUUUACUUGGCAGCUACGGUAGCCUCGCCGGCGCUAGCCACGAAGGCGAUGGUGGACAUGGGACGGUCGAUGGAGGACACGCCGGCGCUGUACAAAUGGCACGCCGGUCUCGGCUACGGACUCCUGCUGAUGUCCAUUAUGCGCGGAUGCCGCAACAGCUUCGUUACCGGCCUGUUGCGGGGACGGAAAGAGGGCGAUGUGGAGGGCGUGGGCCAAGUGCAGAUGAAGCCCAGCUUCAACUGCUGCUGGGAACUUUUGGUUUCUUUACUGGGCUUGGGCAUGACCAUUGGCCUUUGUGUGACCAGCUUCAAGAUUUACUACGAGCACAGUGAUGCCCACUAUAAGCGCAACGACCAUCUUUUCUACUCCGCGAUUCUCGGUAUGGUCGUCUCGCUGACCGCCCUGCUGGUCAUUCCCAUAACUAUCUGCUGUGCAUUCUGCGCGUGCUGCGCCGGUGUUGUGGGCGGAAUCGCUUCCCUAACGUCCCGCAACGAACUCUAACCGGCAACGCCCGGAAAAUCAUGAUUUUACUGCAUUUCUGCGUAAUUGUUCCACGUUGCUUGUUGUAAUCAUUUAAAUUUUUUUAAUACUAGUACUGUGGAUUUUCACGUGUCAGCGGCGUGAAUCAUAAAAGUUUUAUGAUUCAUGAACAUGAUACACCCGAUUGCUAACAGCGUCGCAAAUGCUACAAAACCGUUAGAUUUCAAACGGGAUAAAAAUGUUUUUGUUACUGGACUCAAGUAUACACACUCAUGCAAAUUUUCUCCGGUUUGUUGUCAUUUCUUUCUGUUAUGUUUUAUGCUGACUCAGCCGCACGCUCUGAAUAAAACGCAUUG